AUGUCGAAAUCUAAAGAAACGCCAAGUUCGUCAGGUAAUUGAAUAAUAAAUUACUAUAUUAUAAUUAUUAUAAUUAGAAAUUAUCCAAUUAAUUUUGGUUUUGUAAAAUUUCAUAUUUAUUUGGAUCAAAAUGUAAGGAAUAACGAUUUACGGUUUUGUUAUAUUUCUAAAACGAACAGAGUUUUUUAUAGGUACAUUUAAAGUGAACAAAUUGUGCAUUAUUGGAAUAUUGUAGGAUAUUAUUGCAUUUUGAUGCUAUACGAAGGUAAUCGUAUUCAUUUUAUUGGAUAUUUUCAUUACAAAUCCGAUUCAUAGAAUAUAAACUUUUUAACUUUAUAAUAACAUCUAUGCACACGUAUACUUAUUAUUAUUAUUAUGAUUGUGUAAUAAUAAAUUAUUGAUAUCUUUUUAUAAAGCAAAUUAUACGGGUUAUCAGAAGUCAUCAAUAAUAAUACGAAUCACACAGCCAUAUAGAAGAAAAAAAAAAUUUUAUUCGUCGUAAGAUAUUGAUAAAAUAAUAUUGAAAUUUUGAAAUUUAGUAAAAAAAUUAAAUUUUAGACGUACUGAACCAUAAACACGCUUAUACGCUAGAUACUGAUUUCCUUUGUCCUGAUUGAAGAACUCAUAAAAAUAUUGGUAGGAAAUAAAAAAAAUAAUAUUUUGGUACUAUCUUAAAUCUUAAUAAUAAUAAUAAUAACUCAUCAUGAUGGAAGUUAUAAAUAAAAAGUCUAAAAUAUAAUCUUUCAUAUUGAAAUAAAUUACACGUUUGUUUGAAAAUUAGUUGAACAACGUCACAUAUUAUUAUAUACCUGCUAUACUUAAGCCUAACGUAAAAUAAUAUAUUGGUACCUACUAUAUACCUUCGGUAGAAAAUCAAAAAAAGAUACCAAGGUAUAAAUCCUUCUAAUCUCGUGUUUAUAAAUUUACCUGCCCACCAAAGAUUGACUUGGUGAAUUAAAUAUUGUAAAAUGCUGACUAUACAAUAUACUUAUAUAGGUAGGUACCUAUAAUGAUAUAAAAAAAAAACUGUUUAAUAUUAUAAUAAAUAAUGCUAUUAAAUAGUUAAUUAUACUUAUAUAUUAUUUUUAAUAGGAUUUAUUAUGAUUAUUUUUUACGCUACCUAGUCAGUAUUUUUGUUUUGUUUAUCGUUCCACUAUUUUAACCUAAUGUGUCACUGCUAUAGUUUUGUAUAUACACCAUAUUAUAAUUAUAUUAUAGCGGUUCAUUUAUUUGAUUAUCUCAAUAAAUUCGAGUAAUAAUAUUAUUAUAAUGUUUUGUCUUUUGUAUAAUAAUAAUAAGUAAACGCAACUACAAACGGUAAACUAUAAAUAUUCCCAUUAACAAAAAAAAUCAUUGCAAACGACAAACGGAUUUAAAUCGAACACUGCAUUACCUAACUUGUAACUAAUAAGUUUAAUUAAUAUAAUAAAAAGGAAACGCUUGUAUUGUAUGAGUGAAAAUCUCGAGAAUUAUACUUAGCCGAUUUCGACAAGAACCUGUUCUUUGGUCGACUCCUUAUCGCCACUGGGAGGUUAUAGUCUACUUUUUAUCAAAAUCGGUUAAGUAUAGUUAUAGCAAUGUUAGCUAACAAAACAACAAUAUAAGUUUAGACAUGUAAGAACUUUACAAGUAAAUGUGAUGUUAUUGUUGGUCAGAAAAAGGUUAAGAGGCUGAAAGAAUAAAGUAGAGGGAUCGAUGGAGUAGAUGACAGGGUGGGGUAAAGGUGGUGAUAAGGGCAAUUUAUUUUAAUAGAUGAUGUUUUUAACGAGCUUAUACAUAAAGUCGAACUUAAAACGCUUAUAAAAAUAAAUUACAAUAUUUAUAACCACAUAUAAACAAAUAAACCUCGACAAUUUGAAAUGUCCAUUUAUAACUCAAAAACGAAAAAAUAUUUUGAAAAUAACAAGCGUUUAUAAAGUGCUACUAUAAGUAUUAGGUGAACAUUUCAAAUCUAUGGAUAUUUUAAAUAUUUCCAUUUCUCUCCCAUUAUUUCGGGGAAAACAUAAUUUGAUUCCAGAAACUGCAGAAACAACUGUUAAAUUGACUACAGAAAGAUUUCUGAUCGAUUAGUUGUUUACAGACACAGAAAAAAAACACAUGCAUGAUAGUAAAAUUAAUAGGUACAUAUUUUCGUUAUACUUGUAAUAGAAAAAAUUAUAUUCACAUUACAGACAAAAACAGACAUACUCCGCACGAUGGGUGGGCCACUGUUUUAGAUGAGAAUUUAGGAAGCUAGAAGGAAAACUUAAUGUAUAUAUGUACGCAACGAUUAAUCAUUGCCAACGAAAAAUGAUUCUGAGCGGAGUUUGGUUAUACAUAUUUUAAAAGGCCGUAGUAAUAUUUACGAAACUCUUAUGAAAAUAAAAUACUACAUCAAACUAAACUUUUUCUUGUUGACCAGCAAGUAAAACUUAUAAUGAACCUCCUGUUAAAUGUUCAAGCAUUUAUAUGUUUGGUCUUACAAUUUAUCUACAGAAUACCUACCGAAUAAAAAUUACGAAAAAAACUUACAAUAUUAAAAUGUCUAAAUAGUUUAAAAAUGGUUCAAAUGUUUUAAAAAUUGGCCCACGUCUAGAAAAAAGCAAACAUACAUUUUCUGUUUUAACUUCAAAUCUCUACGAAAAUUUUGAACUGAAUUACAACAAAAAAAAAUUUUAAAUAAUAAAAGCAUCAUUUUCGUAAAUUUUCCCGUUUUUUCCGAGUUCCCAAUUAUUAUGAAAACUGCUUGGAAAAUCAAAUAAAGACCUCUUUAAAGUAAAAACUAAAUAAAAUUUCUUUUUAGAAAAGGUGAUAUACUUGAUAUUUUGGAUCAAGAUUUUCAGUAGAAUUUUUGUACACAGUAUAAAAAUAAAAAAAAAAUAAAAAUAAUAAACAUCAUUGUAAAACCAAUACAUUCCUCACUUUGCUCAGAAUCUAAAAUUCAAUUGAAUGUAUCGUUUCAUUAAUAAUACGAAUAUAUAUAUACACAUAGAAAAUUAAAAUCAUAUAAUAUAAUAAUGAAAGCAAAAUAGAUACGUCUAAAUUUAUUGUAUAGAGCCUUUUUCUUGAGAUUAUUUGGCAAAAUGUAAAAGUUUUAAGUUUCUAAGUUUUCGAUGUUGUACAAUUUUAAAUUAUUUUGCUGUAUUUUAACAUGGCCAAUAAUGGAGAGAGGAGUCUAAAGCUCUUAGUCCUUCCCUUCCAGGGUCCUGGGAUGGUCAUCCCUAGAACAUGGAAGUGAGGCUAGAGCUCCGGGCUUCGCGUUUUAACCCCAGCUGAAUCAGCCUCGCCCUUUUAUGGAUACGAUAAAAAAAAAAUACCAGAAAGCCUGAAAAAAGUAUUAAGGGUCUCCAAAUACCUCGCUGUAAUUUUACACGGUUUUACCAUUCUGUAGGUUUUCAUAAUAUGCGAUUUUAGAACCAGUAAUUUUUCGCUGUCCCAAACGUUCGUUAGAACGUCCUCGCUCUUCUUUAUAAGUAUGCCCAGAUCUAAGGGGUACAGAUACACUACAAUAUAUUAUAAUAUUAUAAUAUCAACCGAUCGGUUUUUAAAAAAUUGUAUUACCUUAUAUUAUAUAUAUAUAUAUAUAUAUCUUUUGAUAAAACGUGUAAAUAGCUGGCAAGAAUAACUGCCGCAGGCGUGCGAUAAAGAGUUUAAUAAGCGCGAGUUUUUUUUCUCUCGAUAAAAACGUUAAAAAACCAUCGUUUCCGCGAGCACGGGUCGAUCGAAAAACACAACUGCGGCACGCUAUAUAAAUAUCUAUAUCGUAACGAUUAUAUUAUUAUAGUUUCGACGGAUCCGGCUCGAACGCGUACAGUGUAUUAAGCGCAAUAUUAUAUUUUAAAAAAAAUAAAUAAAAUGUUUCUUUUACGUCCAAAUAGGAAAUUAUCACCUCGGGGGAAAAAAAAAAACUCGCGAGAAAACCAACUGACCGUGUCCCGGAGCACACAAGGCGUACGACGACGUACCGCUACCGCGAGUCGUGACCGAAUGAUGACUGCGUGCGCGUACAUGAAUGGGUUGUGCCGGCGUUGUGGUUUCCGCCGGAAUUAUUAAACCUACCCAUACGGAUAGUAUUUUGUAUUAAUAUACGGCUAUGUCCUGUACGAAGUUCCCAACGAUGACUGUGUACGCGCUCUACAAUACUCGUGUACAAACUACCGUGCGUAAAAACGAUUAGAAAAAAAAAAAAACAACAGCAAUAAUAAAAAAAGUGGAUGUUGUACAGGGUGAUAUUGUUCGGGUUCGAUAAGACUUUUUUUUAUAGUAAAUUUUAACACUAGAUAUAAUCUGUUAUAACAAUAUUGUUAACAAUUUGUAAAAAAUACCGCGAGCAGGAGGACCCGAAGGUGGUUGAAAGCGAUUCGUUUUUUCAUUAUAUACAUUAUUUUAGACCAAUAUGAGCUGGAGUAAACUAAACAUAUUUCCAGCUAUUCCUAUUUAUGUUUUGAAAAGUGAUUCGCGUAUUAUAGAUGCCUAUUGUUUAUGCGUUUUAGGGAAAAUAUUAUUAUUUCAAAAAAAAAAAAAAAAAUGCCUUACCAAACUCGGACUAGAAACCAAAAAAUUAAAAUAUAUUUUCAAAAUCAAAAUUGGGCGAGCGGUAACGAGUGAAUUCUCAGUUUAUUGUUGGAAAUUGUCGUAAAAUCUAUCGUUCCCUUUCCUUUUAAUGGAUACCUUAAUGAUACCCAUUAAAAGGUGAAAAAAAUUGGAGAAAAUAUAGCCUAAAAUGUUUAAAAUUUCAGCGCGGCAGUCGACAUACGUUUAGGAACGUGUUGUAAUACAUUUCAUUUACCACGAUUAGGUAUAUUUAAAAUUUAAAUCGUAUUAUCUCAAGAUACUGUGAUAGGAUUAUUGAACUAUUAUUAUAGAUUGCAAUUUUCAUAAUUUCAAAUUACAACUUUAAAAUUUUUAUUUAGAGAAGCACAUUUUUCAUUUAGAACUACCCAAAAUGUGUCCAAACGCACGUUUAAAUAAACCUCUGCAUGGGUGCAUUAAAUAUUUCGGUAUAAUAUAUUAUUUUAAUAUUAGUUAUAGAAUCGUUUACCUUUAUUUCAUAGUAGACCACGCAAACAAAAUUAUGCACUUUUUAUUUUAAAAUGGAAACCCUUUCUUUUCAAACCGUAUUCGAACUUCGAAGAUAUUUUGACAUGAUGCACAUGGGACUUACCGUUUAUAAUUAUAAGUUGUACCAGUUUAACAUUUCUACCGGAGGUGUUGAGAAGAGCAACAAUAGACUAACAAUGGAUAACCGAGUGUCAGAGGAUAGACUAUCCGGUCUAAAUUUUUAAUUGUUAUAGUUCAUAAAUGUUACAUUAAAAUGUUUAGGACAUUUUUCUUUUUUCGAAUUUGUACUAAAAGGAGGAAAGGGAGGAUUACUAUUUGAACACUAAAAAUUAAUACUCAUUUAAGAUUAAAACUUAAAACAUUCCGGGAAAAUCACUGGAUAGAGAUAAAGAAAUCAUCCUGUAUAUAUAAUAAACAACAAUAAUAAAGUUAUAUAAGAACGUGCAUAUAUUUUUAUAUACAGGAGACAGUGAGUAGGGGGUCAUUAUAACGUCGCAUUUGCUAUGUAUAUUAAUAAUAAUAAUAAAAAAAAAACAACAACAAUGAUAAACGAAAACAAAGAUGUCGUUAAAACCCGUAAAAUUAUUGGGGACUCGCGGCCAAGUGGUUUAAAGAAAAAAAAAAACGUGUCCCAUAAUAUACAUAUACAGAAAUAGGUACCUAACCAUACGGUAAAAUAAUUCGGUUAAAUUAUGUUGAAAAAUGAAAACCCCGGGGGAAAAAAAAAAAUUUCUUUAUCAUAACACCUUAAUAUUCUUGUCUGACGUACUUUUUAUAUACCUACCUAUAAAUAUAUAUAUAUUUUUUUUUCCGCGCAGUCAGGACACGCGUGUAUAUGUAAAACGACACCACCUGCUGAGAUAUGAUCCGUAUGUGUAUAUUAAAAAAAAAAUUAAACGUUUCCCUUCUUUACAAUGCACAGACUAUAUUUUGUGUACUCGUCGGGGUAACAUCUGUACAGAAUGUGUGCUGUGGCUACCGCAAGGGAGAAAAGGACCCCUUUUUUCCAUCACUCUGUCCGUUGGACUACUCACUUUUUACUCUACACGAGGGAUCCGCUUGUGCCGCGGGGUUACAUUAUGCGCAUUUGUCAUUUUUGGGACCCAUGUGGGUUAUAAAUCUCCGUCAUCGCCUUAUAAAUAACUCGGUUAACGGCCCUACACCGUAUACUAUACUUGCAGUCUAGCUAUAGUAGCUCUACUAUAAAUAAUACAAUACAUAUAUAUAUAUAUACCUGUGUAUCAUUUUAUUUCAUCGUACCACAAUAAAUAUCUUUAACGGCACCCGGACGUUAGUUGUGAUAGGAUAACACAAUAAGGUCCAAUAUAUAGUUGGGGAAUUGGAGGGAGGAAAAAAAAAUUAAAAACUUACAUAUCUUAUAUAUUAUUUCUAAAAAAUGAGUUUUUGUGUCAAUCCCUUUUCCUUUCUUUGUAUUUAAACCAAUGAAUGAGGUGCCUAUGAUUUUAAAGAUUAAGGACCGUUCUCACCAACAUAACGUAGAUUUUUACAGUUUAUAUGAUAACCGGUCAAUUGUAGUCGGAAUUUUAGCUUUGGAGUUCAUAGUUGCAAGUUCGCAACGUUGUAUGCGUGUGUUAUAAUAUUAAAUCGGUUUCAUGGGCAUAUGUAUUAUGUAUACAUUAUAAUAAUUUAUACUUACAAAUUAAGUACUAUGAUUAUAUAGAAUAGCAAUUAGUAAUGGUGAAAUCUAUAAAUGCAAAGAUCAAUGGAACAACAUUUUACACGAUUUCGAAUUGCAUAUUAUACUUAGAAUAGAAAUAGAUGGUACUAUAAAUUAUGAAAAAUGAAAAGUAAAAGGGGGUAAAAAUAUGAUUUCAAAUUGCUAGUUUCAGAUAUAAUCGAGUUAUAAUGUGCUAUUAAUUGUUCUCAACAUCGUAGUCAUUUUUAUUUUGAUAAAGAAUAAUAAAAUAAAUGUAGUAACUAGUAUAGGUAACCUAUAUUAUAUUUUUUCGGAUAAGAACCUAGAAUCCAAGUAACGAUUUCGAUAAAAUUAUAAUAAAUUAAACACUGCAAUCCAAAUUUUACUUAAGGUAAACAUUAUUUUGGUACCUACAUCAAGUUAUUAAUAAAUACAAUUUUGUUUUCGACUCUCUACUAAAUUCUGAACUCUAGAUGUAUAGGUGUAUUAGGUAGGUCGUAGGUAGUAGGUACUUAACAAUAAUCUUCAGUUGAAGUAUUUGGAGACGCCUUUACAAAAACGUAGGUAAACCUACCAACCUACAUACUUCAGUUGAAAUCAUGUUUUAUUGUGUAGGUAUACCUAUAGAAUUUAGUAAGAAACUGAAAAAUAUAAUUUAAAAACAAAGUAAACACAAUAGGUUGACACAUUAUGUAAAUGUUUUAGAGUUUAGAUUGUUAUACUUGUAUUAUCUUUAAUUAUCGUUUACGACUUUACGAGUAUGCGUGAAACGUGUGUGUUGUGUGGGUUUUUGUAUAAUAAUAUUAUUAUUAUAAUUCAUCGGUCGUUAUUCGUUAAAAAAGUAAACUUUUAUAUAAUAUAAUAUUGUAUGUAUAUUGUAUCCAAAUAGAUUUCCGAGCACAUACCUAACAUGCCAAGAAUAUUGGUUCCCGUUUGAAAAAGGUACUUUAUGAAGGUGAGCCGAAUUAAUACCUACAUUUAUACAAUAAUCACAAUAAACGUAGAUAUAAUGACUACAUUUUAUCAUAACAUACUACAUAUGUAGUAUAUAUGUAUAUAUAUAUAAUAUACUACAUUAGUAUAUUUUUAAACUUUUAUUCAACUUCUAUCCUACAGCGGGUAUUUUACAGUGAUCAAGGCAAUAAAAUAAGGUUAUAUCGGAGUAUUGUCAAAAUACCACAAUCGAUUAAGAUAACGUUAAUCCAUCUAGAUAUACGGACUGAUUAUAAAAUACAGACAUUUUUUUAGUAUAGUCAAUAGAAUCUAAUUAAUUCUAAGUUGAUAGUCCUAAGACUGUAAGAAUAAAAAGGAAAUUGCACGUAUUUGACUCUUACUGUGAACAGUGGGAAUAAAAUUCGACCAGUAGUGGAUAGGUCAUCACAAAUUUAAACGGAAACCAAUACGGCUCACCUUCAUAAAAUACCUUUUUUUCAAACGGGAACCAAUUAGGAUACACCCAUAAUAUUGUUUAGGUACCUAAUAAUUAUUACAACAAAACGAAAACGAUAAUAUUGUUACAUUUAUAGGUUAUAUAGAUACAAAAAAUAAAUAUAUCGUUCAUCGUUAUCAUAUUUGUUUGUUCGGUAGGUACUUUUAACUUUUAAAUAAUGGUAGAACAUGUUUUCGUAAACUAUAGUAGACAAAAUGAGAGAAACUAGAUUUAAAUGGUUUAGACAUGUCACGGGGAGAAAGGAAUCUAAAGCAGUAAGUAUAAUUAUGUAAGGAAGAUCAGAAAAGGAAGACAGAAAAGGUGCUUGAAUGCGAUUGAGAAUAUGACAACAGUCGGUGUAUGCAACGUGGAAGAUCAGGGUCAAGGGGAAGUUUAGAACAAAGGUGGCCAUACCUUAAUAUUUGGGAAGCAGGCAAAGUCAAAUUAGAUGUGUCUUCGUAAAUUCUGAUUACACCAGGAUACUUUCUUGGUAGAUACCAAGAAACUACGAUACUUACCAUAUUAGUAUUUAGUACCUACUCACCUAUAUAAGUAUAGCUGGUAAAUAUACUUGCUAGUUUAUUUAUUUUAAUAUUUUUGUCUGUUGUCUUUGGGUGCGAAAUGACACUUUUUCAUUCUCAGAAAAAUCUUCGUGGCUGUAACUGAAAACCUAUACUCCCCCUUCCCAAUAGAAUAUAAUGAAUAACGAAUAAAUGAAAAAAAAAAAAACAUUGAAUUUGUGUGUAUAAUAUUGAAAUAAUUAAAUAGAUUAAACAAUUUAUACAUAUCAAGGUAAAUUUACAUCCACCCUUCACAUUGGAUUGGGUAGUAUCCACGAUAUAACCCGAUAUAAAUAUUUUAUACGCGUAAUAGGUAUCUUAGAUAUAAUUAUAUCCUGUAACGUGAUACUAAAAUCAGUGUAUCUAGUAUUCUAGUAUCUAAAUACUCAUUUUUAAAUAGCUGGCCCACUAAUUUUAAGAUAGAGAUAGUUGGGUCAUAUUCCCGACUAGCUUUUCAAAAAAUAUAUUAAAAAUUGUGGUUAUACGAAUAUGAGAAGAAUUGUAGGCAAUGUUUCAAAUAAAUAACAACCACAUGUUUGAAGAUACCUACUGCAUGUGUGAAUUAUUUUAUUAAUAUGUUAAUUUUACUUUAUCAUCGAUACUUGCAUCGAGUAUUUAGUAUUUAAAUAUAUAAAAUAUGAGUACUAUACUGGUAUAUCAAGUUGUACCUAAUACGUUUUCAUAAAUUCCCUAACUGCAGAGACCUUUUCUGUUUAGUAACCAAUUCCGUCGAGAAGCAUUCCAAUAUUCAUGGGAACAACCUAUUCCUUACUAUGGGACACUGGGAGCAUAUCAUACCUAUUCAGGAACAUGGUGCCAUUUUUAUUUCUCGUAUUUCCUGAUGACCUUUCCGAGACUUAAAUGGGAUGAAUUUGUAAUAAUUUCAAGAAGGUUCCUAUUGGGUUCCUGGCGGGGAAUCAGAAUUCGGACAUUAGAAAAUGUAUAGACUGCUUUAGUAGUUUUACUAUAUAUGUAGUUUUACAGUUUGUCAGAGUACAAGCAAUUAUUCACUGUUGUUCUGAUUCAAUUUCAUAUAAUUUUCUUAGAAUAGAAAAAAAUUAUUUAUUAAAUGUAUACCAAUUUAAUAUUAUUUAAUUUUAAUGUAAAACCAUAAUCAAUAAAAUGUCUGUGAUAAUAUUUUUAUGACAAAUAGGAGAGAAUAAUAAACAUAAUGACGAAGUACUUCCAGAUUUUUGGAAUAAAAUGUCGACAAAUAUAACUAAGCUCAGGUACUUAAUAACUUAUAAUUUAGUUUAAACAAAUAUUCAUAGAUUUCAGCUUUACAGAGUGAGCAACAAAAUGUAACACACUCCUUAUGGCAAAAAGUAUUUACUUUUUCCGGAAAUUGUAUUUAAGAACAUUUAAGAAAUAAGUAGCUUUAAAAUUUUACAUUUUCUUUUUUGUGUCACCCUUAGGUAAUUUUUGUCAACCAGUUUACAAGAUAUUCUUUUUUCAAAUUUCGGCAGGAGAGAGAUGGUUUUGUGUAAUUUAUGUGCCAGCAAACGAGUGACGUAGUGUUCCACCACUCUCACCAACUCAAACUUAAAAAGAUCAAAAACGAGGGGGAGGAGGGUGCGGCCACUGUUGUAGGUGGAAAGAUGGGAUACAUAAAAUUAAUAUUUAAUGUAUACCUGUAACUUAUGAUGAACCAUUAAUAACGAAAAACGAUUAGGAACGAAGUUCGGUUAUAUAUGUUUUGAAACACCGUAAUAUUUACAGUUUCCAUAAAAAUUUGAUUUUAAAAUUUCUUUACAAAAAAAAAAAAAAAAAAAAAAAAAAAAAAAAAAAAAAAAAUGCUACAUAAAGCUCAAAUGUUUUUUGACCACAACGAAUGACAUUUAAAGAACCCCCGUUAAAUUGUCAAGCAUUCUGCUUUAGUAUAACAAUUUUAUUCUAAAGUUAUAAUAUUUUAUCAAUGGGUCGACGGAAAUCUUAAAUUUUAUCACUAAAAUUUAUUUUAACUUAUACUCCAUCUAUUUUCAAUAUAGGUUGAUAUUUAAAAACCAAUAAUAAGUAGUGGCUUCACCCAUUAAAAUAAGGGCGACAAAAGAUAAUUUUAGUACAACAUUUUAGAGCUACUUAUUCCUUAUAUUAUCUAAAAACUAAAAUUCCGAAAAAAAAUUAAUACUUUUUGAGAUACCUAAUGAGUGUCUUACGUUGAUCACCCUAUAAAAUAUCAUACUAGGUAAAUAUAAAUUACAAAUUAUUGUACUCAGGUAAUAUAAACAAAUAAAAAGGUAAGAAUUUGUAUUUACAUACUUAGCUAUAUAAGUAUUUACUUAAUAGUUAAAUAUUAAAAACAUUACACAGCUUGUAUAACUUUAAUGUUGACCAACAAUUUUUGAACCACUUAAGCAAGUAUCUCCAAACAGAAGAAUGUGUUAUUAAUGAGCUUGUGUUUGAUCGUAUUAAUCUAUCGAAUAUGAAUUAUUUAUGCUGUUUAACAUCUAAUAAUAAGUAGGUACCUAUUACAUUUAUUAUAUUGUACAUGUAAAAAUAAAAUAAUAAACAUUUAUUUAUCUUUGAAUUUCAAUAUUAAAAUUUCACCUUAUUUGUUUUUUAGAGUAAACAAAUUAAGGUUAAGAUUAUGUCAGUUAAAAGAUAAAGGAGUUGAUGAUCUUUUGUCUAUUUUAGAUGAGACUAAUGGAAAAACACAAUUGAAGUUAUUGUAUCUAGAUUGUAAUGGUAUUACAUGUAAAGGUGCCAAAAGAAUAGCAAAAGUUUGUUAUAUUUAUACAUUUUUUUCAAUUUUUCUUUUGCAUUUUUAGAUUUGUAGGGUAGAUUAGUAGGGUAUGGUAUAUUGAUUUUCUAUUAAAAACAAAUAAAUGCAUUACAGGUUUUAAGAACCAACAGAACAUUAGAAUCACUUUCGUUGGCUAAAAACAUGAUUAAGGAUGAAGGUGCCCUUGCUUUAGUAAAUGUUUUGUCAACAUUUCAUCUCACAGAUGAUGAGACUAAAUGGAAAUGCAUGCAUAAACAACACAGAUCAAGAAUACUAGAAUAUUUGGUAUGCUUCAACAGUAAUUAAUUAAAUAAUCAACAAUUAAUAAACAUCAAAUUAUUGGUUAAUUAAACCAAAAAGUUGUUACUUUGGGACACAGAAAAUAAUAUAACAUAAAGUACUAAAAUACUUUUAGCAAGAGAUUGGUAAUUCAAUGAUAUAAUGCCAUUACUGCACAGUUAAAGAAUUUUCACCAGCCCUUUUACAAAAUAAUAAAUUUGGAGCAAUUUCUAUAAUAUAAUAAUCUGGUUUUUUCUGAAAAACAAAAAAAACAAAAUAGGGUAUAUUAUUAAUUACUCAAAAUUCAAAUCCCUUAUUCAAAAUGCAUAAGUAGGUACUUACAAUUACAAAAUAGUUGCCAAUUAUUUUACAGAUAGAUUUGAUAACCCAACAGUCAAGAGAAAAACAAAGAAAUAUGUCAGAUAAUACUAUUAAUGAUAUGGAGAUAUUAUCAAUUGAAGGUAUUUAUAAAUACAGAUCAAUAUUAAUAUUAUUUCCAUUUACUUUUGAUUAAACGUGUUUUGUAUUAUUUGUUUAAUUCCUUUGACAAAACAAUUUUGUCAAAAUCCUUGAUAAUAUUUAUAAAUAUACCUCUUCAAUUUAGAAAUAGACUAGAAAUUCCUUAAUUCUAUAAGAAAAAAAAAAUAUACACUUUAAAUGUUUAGUCACGAACAAAUGAGGCAUUGUUUCCUCUGAAGUUUACGACUACCAUUGUUAUCACACUUACUAUAGAUUGUAAAUAGUUUUUUUAAAAAUAAACAAUACUUCUAACUUUAUAACUGUUAAAUUAAAUACCAUAAUAUAAUGAAUUAAAGCUAUAAUGAUAUAUAAAUAUUUAUACUUAUAGUACUUAUAAACUCAAUUUUUAGAUGAACAGUUAAAACAAAAAGUUGAAAGUAUGAUUGUGUCACAAUCGCAUAUAUAUUUAACGGAAAAAUUAUUAAAGAGUGGUUCCAGGUUUUACUGUCCAGGAAAUUUUAAAAUUGCAAACCUAAAUAUUUCAUGUAAUAAAUAUUUAAAAUUUAAUCAAAGUACUGAAUUUUACAUACAAAUUUAUAAAUAUGUGUUUCAUUUACUAGAUAACCGUUUUGGUGUAAAUGUUUUGAAUGUUAUAGAACAAAUACUUCAGUAUCAACAAAAAGUUUGUUUGGUAGAAGAAGGAAUUAGACAUAUAAAAAUUGAAGUAUAACAAUAAUAAUAUUGUAUAUUAUGUAAUUUAAAUGGCGCCUAUAUUAUUUUCUUUAGGGUUUUGAAACGGAUCAAAAAGAAACCAUAUACAAACUAAUAAAAAGAAAAAAGAUGCAACAUGAAUAA